AUGUCAUCUACCAGAUUCCAACUCCAUGGCUCAUAUUCUCCUUCUCUUCCGGGCCACCCAGCAUGGAAUAUUCUUCGUCCGAUUUUCAAAGCUUCUAACUGCAGUGGGGAAGACCGCCAUUUCGGCGCAGCCACAGGUCUCAAAAGCUGCCCUUCAGUCUUAUUUGACUUCAAAUUUACUGAAAUUGAUUUGAGCAUCUGCCAAUCGAUCGUGCUUGAUGUUCUCGUCUUUAGCCUUGCCUGCUUGAAAUCAACCCCAGAGGUUACAAUUAGUAGGAUUGAGAAGUUCCUACAGUUCAGCCACUCUAAACCCUUCGGCACUGCGAUUGUUCUCUUUCUUGAGGAUGAUUCGUCGGUGUGUCAGUCUAACGAGACCUGGUGGCUGAACGACCUGAUGGAACUUGAAGUUAUGUGA